GGUACAAAAAGGAAGAAAAGUCUGCAGAGGGAGUACCCACAACUACGCAUUAACAAGCUCGCAUUAAAGGCCCUGCCAAACAGAGCGCGCAGAAGGACCCAUUGUGACCCUCCCCCCUACGCAGCCCCUUCCCUUUGUUUCGCCAGCACGAACGAUGAAUGGCUACCCCUUUUUCAGAUGCACAGAUAUUAACAGGCGGGUAGCUCUCUCGAGCCUUUUUUUUUUGGUACCCAAAAGGGGUGUUCUCCAGUCGAAAUUUAAGAAAAAAAAUGAAACGUCCUUUAACUUCCCCUUUAAGGUCAGCAGGACGACCUCUGGGAACUUACCCGUCUAUCCGAAGAUAAGGAGACAUGGAACGAUUGUUACGACUGUUGUGCGGCACAUAUAUGGCGAUGUGAAGGCGUUCAAGGAACACCUGCGGACCAUAUGCGAAGCGCCAGUGAGAGAGCACAUUGGCUACAUCGAAGUGAAGGGGAUCCACACGAUGAAGAUAAAGCAGUGGUUGCAGCACAUCGGCUUCUGAUUUUUUAUCUUCCUAUUCGGUGAACCCCUACCCCUUUGGUGCUUCCCUCUUUUGGGAAAGCUCCCCGUCAGGUUGGCAUGCUGCGGGGGGGGUUACGCGCCAAAGAGGUACUACACAUUAGCACCUUUUCACGUUCAUGUUCAUUUUCAUCUUUUUUUUUUCCUUUUUUUUUUUCCUUUUUGUCCACCCGCGCAAACUCCCCUUUGUUAAUAAAACAGCAUCACCGCUCCGGUCAGCUUUCUACA